AUGGCGUCUUUGCUCCCCUUGCUCCUUCUCGCGCUCCGUGCACAGGCCUACACUUCACGCCAUGUCGCCUUCGGCCGCGACGACGUCGAACAGAGGGCUGUAUUCCCCACUGCAAAGCAUGUCGUCAGCCUCAGCCAGACUGUGCCGCGACCAGCUAGCAAGGCCAAAGCGUUGCGCCAUUUGACGAGGCGUCCCGAGGCUGCUAACAGUACCAUUGUCACCGUAUCCGGUAGUGAUCAGGACGAGGAGUACCUCACGAACAUCACUUUCGGUACUCAAACGUUCCCGGUGAUCAUCGAUACCGGAAGCUCAGAUACCUGGCUCGUGUCUAAGGGCUUCCAGUGCAUCAGCUCCGAUGGUGACGAUGAACCGGAAUCGGAGUGCGACUUUGGCUCAUCCGGCUACGACGCAAACGCCUCGUCGACCUUCGUUGCGUACCCCGGCCAUAACUUCAACAUCGAAUAUGGCGACGGCGAGUUCUUGACUGGCGAUGUCGGCUUCGAGACGGUGACCGUCGGGGAUCUGACUGUUACGCAUCAGGAAGUCGGUGUGGUGACGACUGCGUUCUGGUUUGGCGAUACCGUCAGCUCUGGUCUCAUGGGACUCUGUUACCCGGGCUUGACUAGUGUCUUCAACACAACAAAUCCGGACGACGACAGCAGCUCUAACGCCGAGGAAUAUGAUCCCUUCUUUUUCACCGCCAUCAAAGAGGGCGCGGUCUCUCAACCGAUCUUUUCUGUAGCGCUCAACCGAGGCUCCGUUGCUGCUGAGGAAGGCUCCGUGGAGGACCCCAACCUGGGCUUCCUCGCCUUUGGUGGCAUCGCGCCCGUUGACGUCACAACCACCACUGUGACGGUGCCGAUUCAAGGCGAGCAGGUGUCCGCGAAGGACUCCGAGUUCUUCUUCUACACCGUCGACAUCGACUCAUACGUCUUCCCGGGUUCGGAUGCGCUUUCGACCUCAGGCCAGUCCAUCCUGGACACGGGAACCACCCUACUCUAUCUACCUACUCCUAUUGCAAACGCACUGGCAGCCGCAUUUGACCCUCCAGCGGUGUUCAGUGACGAUGAAGGCGCAUACAUCGUCGAUUGCAAUGCUACGGCCCCGGAGUUCUCGGUGGUCAUUGGUGGAGUCAGCUUCGCUGUUACCGCGGCUGAUCUCAUCUUACCCAUCGGCGCGGACGAGGAUGGUAAUCAAGUUUGCAUCUCGGGUCAUGACGACGGAGGACCCGAUGAGGACGGCAACAUCUUUAUCCUAGGCGACACAUUCCUUCACAAUGUUGUCUCCACGUUCGAUCUUUCCAACAACACAGUGACACUCACGGAACGCGCACCGUACUAG